AUGUCAAAAUUUUACAAAUGUCGGAUUUGUAAUCUGCUUGUGUAUAUUGUUUGAUCGUUGUUUAUUUUCGUAUUUAACACUUUGAUCUUUACAAGCAAUAUACUAAGCGAAAUGUGCCAAUUGAAUAGAGUUUUAUAGCGGAUCCUUUAAUUCUUUUAUUUUAUAAGUAAUCUAAAAGAUGCCAUUGAGGAAGUGCAGGAAUUUGUGAAAAUGUGAUUGUUUCUUAUAGUUGGCUUUGUGCCAUAGGUUUAAUUGCAGUUUUAUCUGAAAUAGUCACAAUGAAGUGGUCAACUGUUCUUGUGUUAUUACUUUGCGUGUGCAGAACUCUGGGGUUUUGUCCUUCACUGUGUUCUUGUAAGAGUAACAACAAGUCAGGAGAUGGUACGUCUUCGGAGCCCGUACCAGGUGAACUAUUGAGGCUGAAGUGUGGCGGGAGUCCCACGCAGAUCACAGAACUAAAGGAGAUAGACCUGAGUAAAUUAUGGACCAGUGUUGUAAACUUGAAUCUGUCGGGAAACGCAAUCUCAACACUUUCCCGUGAACUACAUCUGCCUAAGUUGCAAAAACUAGACCUAAGCCGCAAUCAGAUAAAUCUCAUCGAAUCGGAUGCUUUCUACAACACAACAGCUCUACAACGACUGGAUUUGUCAUACAACCAGAUCAGCAAGGUUUACAAAGAGAUGUUCAAAGGGCUUGUGAACUUGGAGCGGCUCAUACUCACUCAGAACCACAUAUCAACUCUUGCUGUUGGGACGUUUGACUAUCUUGUUGGACUGAAGCAACUUGACAUAUCUGAAAAUCCCUUGAUCUGUGACUGCGACCUCCUAUGGAUCGGCGACUGGCUCCUCAACACGAGCGUCAAAAUGGCGCCCAGUACAAAAUGCAAGUUCCCAGAGAACAUGGCGACCAAACCAGUGAAAAAACUAAGGAUUUUCCUUGACCUCUCUGUCUGCGGCAGUGUGUUGCCCUCAACCACUUUGAUGGUCAAACCUUCUUACGAUCAAGUGGUGUUUGAAGGAGAUUCAUUAAUGUUGUCUUGCAACGCCCCAUUUGCUUCAGCAGUCUCUAAAUAUACUCUGAAAUGGGUCCAUUCAACAUUCGAUGUCUGCGACGCAGCUGAUGUUAAUAUCACAACUACGGACAUGUUAGAAGAAGGAAUUGCAGAGACAAAAGCGUACUUUCCGAGCAUAGCUGGUCACCAUAUGGGCAACUGGACUUGCACGUAUACAGACACAAAUCAUAUUGAACACAAUAAAACUAUAGAAGUGCUAGUUUUAACCAAUGACACUCAGUAUUGUGGGGUUAAUCAUACUAUAAAUAAUAAAGGAUUGUAUUCUUGGCCACAAUUGCUGCUGAAUCAUACCGCUGUGGUGCCAUGUAGCUUAGGAGAAGGCAUGGCUUAUAGGCAUUGCCAAGCAAACGGCACUUGGGGUCCGGCUAACACAACGGAAUGUUUUUACAUGAGCAAUGUGACGAAGCUUCUUCAACAAUUUGCGCUGUUAAACGUGAGUUUGGUACAGUAUUCAGCUCUGAAUGCUACGGAAAGAUUAGCGAUGUUGAUUCAGGAGAAAACAUAUCCAUUGGCCGAGUUGAGUGAUGCAGAUGAUGUAAUGUUUAUAGCAGAUGCUAUUAAGAACUAUAUGCAGUACAUUAAAGAUGAAAAGGAUUUAGGAGGCAAACUCCUAGACGUGAUAAGCUCAGCUAUGAAUAUAACGUCGAACGCGACGAUACCGGCGGAACAUCAGUACGCUGCGUGCACGCAGAUGGUAUUAGCAGCGGAGGACAUAUCCGCGCACAUUGACAAUGUGCAGGGCCAGAAGUGGAACCUGGCCGUAGAGAGGUUCCCAGUGCGCGAGGGCUUCAGCGGCGUGACCUGCGUGUGGUACAGCGCGGAGCCCCGCGCGGCGCCGCGUCUGCACUGCACCACCACCAACCGCACGGUGGCGCCGCUGCUCACUGUCGCCGACGCCUGCAUCCACGCCAGUGUGCAGAUCCCUCAAUCAUUGCUAUACAGCACAACGGACUCGGGUUUGCUCGUGCAGUCCCAGCCGCACGACCUGGUGGUCGCUAUGUACGACAAAGCCACUUUGUUCCCGAUAAUUCCGGAGUCGGACCAGGAGAACGGGCCCAAUAGAGUGCACCGUGCCAAGGAUUAUUACGGCAGGAGUACGAAGAGAGAAGACAUGAAUAUGGAAAUCACUUCGCCCGUUGUGGGAUUUCAACUGAAAAACGGCGACGUGACCGUGAGCAAUCUGCUGGAGCCAGUGAUAGUGACAGUGCGCGGCGGCGCGGACGCCCGCGUGGCCGUGUGGGCGCGGGCGCUGCGGCGCUGGACCGACAACACCACCGACUGCCGGAUCUCUCAUGUAGUGUCCGAAAUGAUAAUAAUCAGUUGCACCCGUCUGGCCUACGUGGGUCUUCUACAAAACGUCGAAACGGGCUUCUACGGCGCGCGCACAGACGGCGCAAGAUUCAAAGUCUCCCAUCCAGCAGUGUACGUCGGAAGCCUCAUCCUGAUUGGAUGCGUGAGUUGCGCAACAUUAACCUACAUCAUGUGUUACCCUGCUAUUCAAAUGGCGAAAAAAACUAAACAUGCUUUAAUUAAUACUUGGAUCGCCAUUGGCUUACUCUGUUUUAUGUACACUUUAGGCAUAUACCAGACGGAAGACGUUAAACUGUGUCAGAUUUUAGGUUUGCUGAUACAUUAUCUGUCUCUUUCUUGCUUAUUGUGGAUGUGUGUGUCGGCUAGCAAUAUGUACAAAUGGGUGACAAAGACGCACAAUCCUGUUAGGACGCCGGAAGACGAUAUUCCCCCAGAUGUACCAGUGCAAAAACCAAUUCUGGGAUUAUAUUUAGUCGGUUGGGGUAUAGCGUUGAUUGUAUGUGGCAUUUCUGGAGCGGUCAACCUAAAAGACUAUGCGGGUUAUUCCCAAUGUUUUCUAAGUACUGCGCCGGCUUUGAGCGCUUUAUUUGUGCCAGGAGGGAUUCUACUUAUGUUCCUUUUUGUAUUAUUUUUGCUAAUACGGUGCACUAUAAGGAAUAUGAACGUGCAGUUGUCGGAAGGGACGCAAGCGACUGAAAAUGUUGACUUGGAAAUGUGGGAGCCUAAUCACACCGACAACGCAGAUAGACGCAGUGUAAAGUCUGUAGCUGAUUCUGAAAUAGAAGAUGUUGAGCACACACCGAUAAUACAAUUGAGGGCUCAAGUUAUUGUGCUGUGUUUGUACAUGUCUGUGUGGUCUUGUGGAGCUAUCGCUGUGUACAGACCUUUACCAGCGUACCUCCCUUACCAAGAAGAUAUUUGCAGCAUUAUUUAUGCCGUCUGCGCCACGGUUUUAGGUACCUUCAUUUUGUUCUUCUACGGCAUAGCACGCAGUGACGUCAGAGCCCAAUGGUCCAUGAUGCAUUGCUAUUUACAAAAAAGCAAACAAUGCUGCAGGAACCGAAGCGUUUUUGACGCUAACCAACAAAACUUGCCGGGCAUACCGACGAAUACAGCAGUAACUCACGCGAUACCUAACGAUAACAGAUCUAGAUCAGGCAGUAGGAGUUCUAAUAGAACUAAUUCUAAGACUAACAACAGUGGUACUUACAAAGCUGGAGCAGAACUUAACGGACAGACAUUGCAAAGGGAUAUGGUUAAAAACACCAAUGGAAAAGCGGCUAAUAUCAAUUUAGUCGUAUUACACAGACAACAGUAUAGAUCUAACAAUUCCAUGAUGACAUAUCCUGAUACUUCAAACAUUGGGCCUGAAGUGUUUUACAAUCCGAAUCAGAUGAACGUUGCUAAGAAAUUCUUUAAAAAACAGAGGCAACAUAUGAAGAGGAAUUGCUUAGAAUUGCCCCUGAGACGUGAUUGUGACAAUGAUUCUCAUGUUUCACUACCUUUACCGUCUAAAGAGGCUUACAAUGGCGUCGCUAGCAUGUUACAUUCCGGUUCCAAAGUUAAUAACACAAAUUUACACGUCGAAAAGUCAAAUAACGGUAUAAAAGAAACGCGCAAUGUUGUUAACCCAAAUUUGUUAGAGGAGGAACCGAAAGAUUACAAAAACUAUUCCAUAGAUAAGAAAGCGUGGAAUACGGACGAUGCUAAGAAUAGCAGGACACAGAUAAUGAAUAUUUAUACCAAUGUACCAGAGACACAAGUACCACAACAUCAAAUUGUCAAAGCAAAUGUGCAAAAGGGUUUUAACGGGCAAAGGAGUAGUGUCUCAGAAGAGUGUUUGCAAAGUCACGCAAGCGACCAGCCCGAGAUGAGGACGAUAUCUCAACAAUGCAGUCUAGAGUACAGUUCUGCAUCAGAGAUUGCAAUGCCUCACACAUGUUCUGAUCAAACUUUGAACACACAUUCGGAAAUGACGUCGCUCCAAGAGACACACAGUGCCUUAUGUUCGACAAAUGAGAUCACUGAUACGGAAAGUUUCGGCCAGUACAUUGACUAUCUCCAGCCGAAUAAGCAGGACAAUAAAGAGGUCGUUGACAAAUCUUUGCAAGACAUAUCAGAGGAGUGCACCAUGAAUAGUGACGAAAUCAAUCGGUCGAGUACUCCGCAAAAUCUGGAGGAAACUGGUUUGGGAGAGAUGGACAACUUGCUUCAGAACCCCGAUGAUGUAUCGGCAGGGACUAAAGAGAAAAUGGAUGAUGAGAAAGAGCCAUUUUUCAUCGCGAAAACCACAUACGACUUCGAGACUUGUAGUACAAACGCUAGCGAGCAAGGUUUUGAGAAUGAAAGCGACAUCUAUUGCCCAAAUUAUCAAAUGUCCGAAGUUAGUAUUCGAAGUCAUGGUCUGUACGCGCCGUCUCCAUCGUCGAUGUGUCCGAACGAGAUAAGUUUUAGCAACGAGGACGUCUCGAACAUUGAAAGUCAGUAUGUUAAUUAUGACCCAGGAUGGCGUAAAACUAUUAAGGGCAAUCCAAAAUUGGGUAAAUACGUCCCGACACCAGCGUUGAGUUGUCCUGAAGUUAAUAGAGAUAGUAGUCCUGUGUCGUUUACUAGUGAUUUAGACGAGUUGUACACACAAAUAACUAGUAGGGACAAGGACAGGACGCAGAGAAGAGAUAACGGGUUAGAUGUGACUGUGAAUAGUGACGUCACUCUCAAACCUACUGAUAGCGAUAGUUGUGUGAGCGAGGCAGUAUCAGAUGUGGAAGUGAAAGGGGAGACCACCGUAUGAAAGUGUUCAGGGAUCCAAUAGAGUUUGAAUAACAGAAGUAUUAUUUUGGAGAGGAUUUAGCUCUUCAAAAUGGUUGUGGCUAAAUACCACGAGAGUUGAAAUCGUUGAAAAAGUUUUAUUCGCUUCGGUGGCGAAUUUAAUAUUUGACGCUUGAUUAGAAGAUAAAGCUUCUGCCGCCGCAUAAAUCGCAACAAAUGUUUUGUGGUGUGUACUGAUUUUAUAAAGAUGUAAAAAAAAUAUGUAGUUGCACAAAAUACAGAUCGUUGUCUACGAAUCAUGCAUUUAAAUUAAGCUAGAGAUAUACUAUCCUGCCUGUGUAGAUGAUAUUUUUAUGUAUUUUGUUUACAACUAAAGUUAAUUCAUACGGUAAAUGUAUGUAACACAAUUUAGUUUUUUUUUUAAAGAUGUUAUUCCAAUAAUAAAAUGUAUUUGACUAAAUUAUUAGUUUUGGUGAUAAUUCUAUAGUUUUACCAUCGAUAUAGUCUUGUAAAAUAAUCUAGAAUGUUCAUUGGAAUAUCAAUCAUUCCAUCGAUAUAACAUUGAAAACUAUAUAUUUUCGGCAAUACUAAUAAAUUUGACCAUUAAGAUUUGAUUAGGGGAAGAAUUCCUUAACUUGAUAUUUAUUUACACAAAAUUUUGAGUCCUAAUUGUAUUAACUUUAUGUUGAUACACAAUGUUUUUGUGAGCUUAUGCUAUGGUUACAAUUUGUAAAAUACAAAUUCUUGGCAAUGGCAUUGGCAAUUUAUAUUCUAAAAUCCUCAUUUGAGGUCUUCCAUCAUUAAAAAAUAUAUUUAUUUUUUAGUAUUAUAGUUAUUAAAACCAUUUUUUAUAAAUAAUUCUUUUACACUUUCCAGUGAAUAAACAGAUCAGAUAGCUGUACUAUAUCUUCGUGCCAUUAAGUUUGUAUAAUUCUAGAUAUAAGUUGUACAUUAUAUUAAUUGUAAAGUUAUUUAUUUUUAAGUUGAUACGGUCUCAUCAGCUAUAAGUAAAUAAUAAAAAAAACGUAACUCGUGUUUUGUCUCGCUCACACGUUAAAGUGUAAGCGAUAUGUGUAAUAUGUGAAAUUGAUAUAAUUUAUUGAUAAGUUUGUAUUUGUGUAAUACUAACCUUAACCGUACAUCGAAAGUGCAUAAACACGUAUCUAACUCCAUAUUAAUAAUUCGAGUUUGCUAAACCUAAGAGGAAAAAUUAAUUUGAAAUAAUUAAGCAACUUGAAACGCCAUCUUUGUUAUAUAAAAUAUCUCUCUCUCUCUCUGAAAUUACGGCCCAUCUCUUUCUAAUCUUAUGAUUACACGACUGAUAUCACAAAUUAUGGGAGUUGAACAGAUGUUGUAUUUUUCUCUCUUUUCAAUAUUUGACGUUGAACGAGACACAAAGAUGUGCUACUUAAUAAGGUAUUUUUUUAAAUAGCCAUUUGUGUGUUCGACCUCAGUCUAACCUGAUGGGAAGCAAAUACGAGGUCUAUGUAAACGCAAGCUCAAAAAAUACCUAUUCUUUUAAAUAUCCUUAAAUCUAUGGUAUAUUAAUACAAUACUGGGGUUAUUAAAAUUACUAAUAAAUGCGUACACAAAUAUUAACUUAAUAAUGUUUAGCAAGCGGUUGUUAAUUUUGUAAACCAAUAAACAAAAUUCUAUUCGCGCUUUCGGUGUCUAUGGUCAGUAAUUUUGUGCCAAAUGGAAUGUUCUAGAAGUUCCAUAAGAUUCGUAUUUUAAUUUUUUUCAGUAUUUAAUGAAAACGACUGAUGUCAUCUCUUUCUUAAGUCUAGCCCAUAUUGUAUGCGUUAUUUUGAUUCUGUCGAAGUAAUUUAGCUCUUAUGUUAAUGGCAAUAAGAUAUAUUUAAUAAUUUAUCAAUGUGAAAACAACCAGAUGGGAAGGGUUCACCGCAGCCAAUGGACUUUUUGUUUUUUAUAUAUAAAAAACUUGACGUAUGCAAUGCAAUGUAAUUUAAAUUAUACAUAAAACGUGCAGUAAUUAAUAUCUAAAAAAAAACCUUAGGAAUUAAUUUCGUUUGGAAAAGUGACUUUCAUUUUUCGAUUUUUAGUUUUAUUUUAAUGUAAUAAUCUUCUUUACCAUCGAGUGUGUUAGUGUUUAGUAUGUCAGCCGCCUACGUCAGUCUUAAGUCAUGUUAGAUGACUUUUACUAAUACCGCCAUCUAGUGUUAGAGUCAAAAUAACGCAUAUAAUAAAUAGUCAUGUCAGCAUCUCAUUUUUGUACUCGCAUAUAGAAAUUUAGAUAAAAUUAAUUACGUAAAAAGUGCUGUAGGUAAAGAUGUGUGCCUAUCAGUGUCGUGUUUCGGCCUAAACUGUUUCUGCCGUUUUAUCGACGGACCAAUGUGUAAUAUGUAUGAAAAAAACUAAUUAUAACAGUCAUUAUUUCAUUAAAAGCCAUGAAAGUGGCACUAUGGUUUAUAUAAAACUGGCUUUGUAUAACACCGCUUCGACAAGGCAAAAUAUUUGCGUUGUCAAUGUAAAUUAUGACUACAGUGAACGCUUUAAAGCUCACUUUUAAAUGAACGCUAUCUUGCCGGGUGGGAGCGAUGUUAAAACCGCCACAACCUAAAGCCUAGCCCUCUUAUUAAUUAAAAAGUUAAAGCAUAUUUUAUCAUUCUGUCGAUGUAAGAUAUUGUACAGUGCGACAGAGACAAAACACACUUUAACUUAGUGUUUAACUUUAAACAAAGGCUAAUUGUCUUUAAAAUACUAAUGGCGCAGCAAAUCUAGUGUUUUAAUGAAAAUUUGUCUUAAAACUGACAUAAAAGUAUGCUUCCUUGAUGAAAAAUUAAAAAAAAAAAAGCAUGUUACACAAUUACACAUGUCCGUCGAUCGUUGUUCACAUAUUAUAAUGUACAGUAUUUAAUUCACGUUGAUUCUUGGGUGUUAACGACAAGAUUUGCCUAAAGCCUCUUAACCUUUUUAAAAAAAAUUUAAAUGGCGAUUAAGCUACUUUGCAAUGGUAUAUGAAAGCGUGGAAUGGGUGACCAAAAAUGUAUUAUUUCGAGCUCUUCGCGAUUCGGAAGCCAUCGGUUGCUGUAUUUGCAGUCGUUAUAAUACACAAAUCCGCAUUGCGCCUGCGUGGUCAGUCGUGGCCAUAAACUCCUUAUCAUACGAAAGGUCAAUGUCCCAAUACUAAAAUGUCUGAUUUUGAUUAUCUUUUUUGCGUAAUACAUGUUGCAAGAUGCGGUUUUGGCACAUGUAGUCGUUAAUAUCCUAAGGGUCUGUUUAACCCUUGCUGAUAAAGUAUCUGAUAGCUUGAUGUAACAAAUCGGACAGCGUUAAAAAUUGUCUCACAGGUGUUGGUUAGGGCUAACUGGUAAAUAACUUGAGGCAGAUUUAUCUAGCAGUCAGUUUAUCUGUCAGAUUACAAUAUGAUAUUGUGUCAGAAAGUGGUGAAACAGACCAUAAGAGUUGGUUGGAGAUGUGAUAUGAUAUAUCUUCCUUCGCGCGCAUGCGCCUGUUUACUAUGUGUAGAAGUUUCGAGAACUAUUGUGAAUAUAAUAUAUUGAUAGCGAAAUUUAUAUACGGUUAGCUUUUGUGGGCAUAUUGCGUAUUAAAAAGCGUUUGCACUUA